CAGGAGAUUUACAGCAGAGUCAGACAUGACGGGACACACACAGGACAGGACACGCUGUUGUCUGAAUGGAACACACCAUUCCCGACCGGACAAUGCCACUCCUUAAUGGAAUACACGAUUAUUCCUGACUGGAAUACUGGACUCCAUGGUGGAAUACAUAAGUAAUAACUGGAGUACACAACAAGUCAGGACAUGCUACUUACACCAUGGACUCUGAAUCUUUGGACCACUGCAUCCAGACUGCUCUGGCCUCCCUCUUCCUGCCCUUCCAGGCCACAUCCCCGACCGUCCUCUGUCAGGUCCUCAGUGUGGUGGAGAGCUGUUACCGUGGCGACGGUUUCCGCUACCUGAUCCACUUCCUGCUCCCUGCCAAGCACUUCCUGCAAAGGCUUCAGCAAGACGCCUGUUCACAGUUCGGUGGCUUGUUGUUUCGUCACGAGGGCUGGCCUCUCUGCCUGCAUGAGAAGAUAGUGGUUCAGCUCAGUCCUCUGGACCGGCACCUCCUGCGCCCAGAAGACUUCUACUUGCUGCUUGUUCCUUCUGCUGCGCUCCCGUCUCCUCCAGCACACACCGCCUCCUCCCGCCCCCGCCUGCUGGCGUGCAGCGUGUCGGACGGCGGCCAUGAUGUGGAGCGACUGGAAGUGUCGGCGCUAGGCCUGCGGUCCGUCUUCAGCAUGGCCUGGCUGGACUCUGUCAACAGGGACAGGGAGCAGCGAGGGAUGUCCAGACUGGAGCGCUGCCUGCUGUCUGCUCACGGAGACGUCUUCAGGGUCCCCUGGGAGGACGUGGUCCAUCCACAGUUCAUCCACCGGACCCGGACAGCCCCUACCCAGUCUGGCGAGGAGUUCAACAACCAGUCACACGACCUCCCAGGACAUGGGGUCAAGCUACAAACGGACCAAUCAGCGGGCUGCGGUGAGGGGGAGGAGUCGGAGGGCGAGUACGUGGAACUGACAGAACUCGCGCCGCCUCGCUUCUCCCCGCAGAAAGGCUCCUUGACGCAGUCCAUCAGCCUGCAGCACCGAGCCGGACGGGGCACGCGAGCUGCCGACACAAACACGUGCACUCCUGCAAGCGAGCGCACGGGCACACACACGGCCGCAAGUGAGCACACACACGCUGAUGACGCACGCGUUGCUACAAGCGAUCACGCAAACACACAAGCUGCUAUGAGCGAUCACGCAAACACACACGCUGCUCCGUGUGAUCACACAGACGCUGUUGACACACACACUGCUACGAGCAAUCGCACUAACACACACACUGCAGACACAAUCAACCACACUGCUGCAAGCGAUCACACACACACUUCCUCCUUGCUGUGUGUUCAGGCCUGCAGUGGAGCCACCAUACUCCCCCAUGUGCCCCCCUCUAGCUGUCAGUCCCAGGAUCGGACACCAGGUGGCCAUCCAUACACGUACACUCCGUCAGGGAAGUGUGGCGAGGGCAGAGAGGUGGCGGGCAUAGAGGUGGCAGCUCAAGUGUUAGUUGAUGCUGGUGAAGAAGAGGGAGAAGAAAGUUUUGUGGCUGCUGAGGUGGAAGAGAAGGAGGUCCCAGAAAGAGAGGAGGAACAGGAGGGCGCUGUAGGUGAUGGAGAAGGAGCAGCGGUGUUGGCGAUAGAAGAGGAUGUUGAGCUCAUGGUAUUGCAGCAGAAUGAAGCAGGUGGACAUGAUGAAGAGGGAAACCAGGAGGUGAAAGGGGGAGGAGAACAAGAGGAGGCGCAGAGAGCGAGUGGACCAAUGUUCUCAACUGAAGAUGCUCUUUUGCGCGCAAGCGCGCACGAUGAACACAGGAUUGGACAAGCCAUGCACGCCGACGACUCUUGUUCUGAAAAGAUUACAGAACCUGUGCACCUUGUGGACUCUUAUUCUGAAAAGAUUACAGAGCAAAUAUACACUCAGACCUCUUGUUCUGAAAAGAUCACUGAACCCGCGCACACUGAAAACUCUUAUUCCGAAAAGCCGAUAGAGCACUCUUAUUGUGAAAGGCCUACCAAACACAUACGCAUGGGGGACUCUUAUUCUGAAGAGCUUCCAGCAGAAACCCACAACGAGGACUCUGAAAGCUGUGCUGAAGACACACAUGCUGCGGGCUCUUAUUCUGAAAACAGUUCUUCGACCAUCACGGAACCCACACAUGCUGAAGACUCUUAUUCUGAAAAGCUUUUGGCGCCCAUGCAGCCUGAGCGCUCUUAUUGUGAAGAUCUCGCAGAACAUGCACACAGCAAGGACUCUUAUUUGGAAGAUGCGUCGACAUCAGAGUCCAAGUUGAAUGCAUCGGCAGUGGUUUCCAUGGCGACACGAGCCUCUGGACCACGUGAGGAAUUUCCCCAGCGUAGAGAAGAGCCGGAGAAGGUGGAGGGAAGCUCCCACCAAGCUAAUGCAGCCUUUCUGUCUACUGAUCCCAGUCCAGCAGAACCACAAGAACCAUCAGACUUAAUGCUACCGGACCAGUCACCUGGCCUUAUAGCCCCAGUUCAGGUCAACCAGACCUCAGAAUCCUCCCAGUCCUUUCAGCCUCCCCACUCGUCUGACUCCUCCAGCCGGGUCGGGUUCUCCGCGUCUUCCCGUUCUUGCAGAUCCUUCCAGUCUGGCUUCAGCAGGCUGCUGUUGAAGUCAGGAGUUGUCUGUUUGACUGGAAGCAGAGGUCGCAGUGGACGCGGUUUGCUGACAGUGUGUGCCGGGAACGCGGUGUGGUCCAACCCGGAGUGUCACAGCGCUGAGCUGCUCCGCCUCCUGCUCUACUACACUUCCACCCUCAGCACCAGCGUGCGAGCUUCGGGUCUGAUUGUGCUGGUGGACGCCCGAAAGGCGGCGCCGGUCCCAGCCCUCUUCUCUGCCCUCAGGUCCUUGCAGGAGGACGUUCCAGGCUGCGUCCACACUGUCUUACUGUUGAUGAACAAGGACACAUCGCUGCAUGUGGACAAAGCUGCAGGUCCACAGGUGGAGGUGUUAAACUCCCUCAAGUCUCUUCAGAAGCAUGUGGACCUCCAUCAGCUUCCUGCACAGUUUGGAGGUUCCUUCUCCUUCAGUCACAGCAGCUGGCUGGCCUUCAGAUCGAGAGUGGAGCAGUUGACCAAUCAGUGUGAAGAUGUCAUCCGCCUGCUGCAGAGGAACAUCGACAUCAUGGAGUCCAUGGCUCUCCCUGCUGCUGCUGAGGAGGCCGAGCAGCUGUUGUCCACCUACAAGGACAUGAUGUGCGGCAUCCUCCAAGACAGACAACUGGUCCAGUUGCAGCAAGAGGGCGGGGCCUCACUGUCGCUGCUGCGCAGGGACGAGGGCGGCGUCGGCCUGACGGAGGACUACGUGGCGGCCGUGGACGCUGUGUCCUGUUUGUACGAGCAGGUGGACGAGCUGCUCCACCGCCUGGUGACCUUGUCCAACAGCAGGACUCAGGAACUGAACUUCAUUAUGGACUUCAGGAGUCUGGAGGAGGGCUUUGCUAAGGUGAGGUCGUGGUUGAAGGAGGUGGGCGAGGUGUGUCUCAGGAGUCUGAACCAACCUGAGGACUCGCUGGACGCUCUGAACCGGAAACAGCUGGAGUUUAAAGACUUCUACUCCUCCGCAUACGAUCACUGUAAACAAGGUCAGGAGUUACUGAGCCGUCUGGAGCGUUGGGGGCAUAUCUCGUCUGCAGACCUCCAUGUCUACAUGGUCAAAGCCCGCUCCUUCUGGGCAGAGCUUCAGGAUUUCUCCCAGCGGGUCAAUGCCACUGGCUGCAACAUCGAAAAGGCUGUCCGACUGUACCGCUUCCUGGACCAGGCAUACGGCUGGGCGAUAAAGGGGCGCCAUCGUCUGGCCGGUAUCACUGUGGACAAGAGCAUGCUGCCGGAGCACUGCCAGGCCGUGAUUGGCGCCUUGGAGGAAUACCAGCGCCAGCAUCCACCAAUCCCAGAGGCUCGCUUCCAGGAGAUGAAGGCAUUGGCGGGCGAGCUGCAGGACGAGCGAGGUGUCCGCCAGUGGGGCUUUGCGUGGUCCAAGUGUCAGGAGGCCAAGUCCAUGUUUGACAGGAAGAUGGCCGAUGCGCGAGCGGCUCUGGAGUCUACCCACAGGCGGCUCUCUGACUCUGUAGAAAACGUAAGUCCCACCUCCACAGAGACGGUGUCUAGUGAGGCCACCUCAUGCCCCCCCAAGAAGGAUUCGAGUCCCUCCUCGGCCCCCGUUAGUCCUCAGCAGACACCACUCCUUCAGCGCUUAUUUGGCAGCGAGGCGUCCUUCAGCAGGCCCCGCUUCAACUCCUCCGCUUGCCCCACCCCGUCCUUCUCCUACUCAAGCAGACGUCAGCUACUCAGGAAGACUCAAAGCUUCGACUGUCCCACCACCCCCGAGGCGUCCCGCUACUGCCCCUCCUCCCCACGCACGCUCAGCGAGCCAGCGCGCAGAGGAAACACGGGCGUCUUCAUACGCGGUUUGGAGGUCAGCAGCACCGAGGCGUCAGACCGCACCCUUUGUCCCAGGACCGCUGCUCCGGGCUGGGGGUCCCGCAACCCUGGGACACCAGGGAGCAUCAGAAACUCUGAACCCCAACCCGGGGGAAGAAGUGUUUGUCUCCGCAGUAAACUGCGUCACAUCGUGGAGGAGAUGGUGACCACCGAGCGCGAGUACGUGCGCUCUCUAUGUUACAUCAUCGAGCACUACUUCCCUGAGAUGGACCGGGCCGACCUGCCUCAGGACCUGAGGGGAAAACGCUCUGUGGUCUUCGGGAACCUGGAGAAGCUUCUGGACUUCCAUAGUCAGUUCUUCCUCAAAGAGCUGGAGGCCUGCUGGAAACAUCCGCUACGAGUGUCCCAGUGCUUCCUCAGACACCAGGAACAGUUCAGUCUGUAUGCUCUGUACAGUAAAAACAAGCCAAAGUCUGACGCCCUGCUAGCCAACCACGGACUCGUUUUCUUCAAGAGGAAACAGCUGGAGCUGGGAGACAAGAUGGACUUGUCCUCCUACUUGUUAAAGCCCAUCCAGCGAAUGAGUAAAUACGCUCUGCUGCUCACUGACCUCAUCAAGGAGGUGGGCGCGGCUCAGGAGGCGGAGCUUCACUCGCUGCAGUCUGCCACCGGCAUGGUCAAGUUCCAGCUCCGCCACGGCAACGACCUGCUCGCCAUGGACGCCAUCUGCAACUGUGACGUCAACCUGAAGGAGCAAGGACAGCUGAUCCGCCAGGAUGAGUUCACGGUGUGGAGCGGGAGGAGGAAAAGCCUGCGUCGCGUCUUCCUUUUUGAGGAGCUGCUCCUCCUGAGCAAGGCCAAGAAGAUGGAGGGCGGCCUGGACGUCUUCGUCUACAAACAGUCAUUCAAGACGGCAGACUUGGGCCUGACCGAGUCGGCGGGAGACAACGGGCUACGCUUUGAGAUCUGGUUCCGUAGGAGGACCACCAAGAACCAGACCUUGACCCUGCAGGCCGCCGCUGCCGAGGUCAAACACGCCUGGACCGGCGACAUCACACGAAUCCUGUGGACUCAGGCCACCAGGAACAAAGAGGUGCGUCUGAAGGAGAUGGUGUCCAUGGGGGUGGGCAACAAACCUUUUUUGGACAUCCAGCCCAGCGCCGCCGCCAUCAGCGACCGAGCCGUGCACUACAUCACCAAGACCCGUGGAGCCAGAACGCGAGCGUCAAUCGCCGUGUCCGUCUUCGACCACUCCAACCCUUUCAAGCGUGCAGGAGCGACCUCUGACCGUUCGUCGUCAUCCAGCCUGCUGGGCUCGCUCAACCUGCACGUCUUCAGGUACGAGCCACCGGGGGGCGAGCAAGUCAUUGCGUCCUCCUUCGGUCGCAGCGUGUCCUCAUCUGCGGCGGGCGACGCCGCCUUCGUCACGCCGUGCAUUGAGGAAGACGAGCAGGAGCACGAGACCGCCAGUCAGCCCUCCAUGACUACGGAAAGUUCCGGAUCGUCCUCUCGUUGUCUCUCAGGGUCCACCGGCUCCGACUCUGGCUGCGUGUCCUCCAACCUCCAGGAGGCACUGCACGAGGAGACGAGCUCCGCCUCUUGCUCCUCCCACAAACGCAUCGCACCAGGGUCGGCGCCCGUCAUCGGCCCAGCGACCAUGGUGUGACCUGCCCAUCGACAGUUGCCGUGGCGACCACCAGUUAGCUUAUCGUCUCCCUCUGGUGGUGAAACAUUAACAGAGCUGCUUUUCCCACACACUUAAGCGAGUCCCUGAACGCACCACCGUUGCCAGACUGUUCUUUGUCGUUUGGGUUCGUGUUUAGGUGGCGUCACCUGCGCAUGUGUGUUGUACAUAAGCGGCGUCUGCUGGCACUUUUCUUACUUGAAUUUAAAAGAAAAAAACAUCUUUGUUUGUUAGAAACUAACAGACUUCUCCAUGUUUGUCUUUUCUGACACACACACAGUCUCAUCAUCCACGUGGUUGAAGAAGAAAAGCCCUUUUAAUGGAGCAAAGCCGUGAUGACAUGGCCAGAGGAAACAAUAAAUAAGUUCAUUUGUGACCGUUACAAAACCACGAAGCUCCUCCUCGUUAGCAUCUUUCAGUCAGAAACAUCUUGGUCAUGUGACAGCUGUGCGCAUGUUUGCUGUGAACAUCUGAGGUUAGAGAAGCCCCGCCCCCCUCAGAGGAGGUGGAGAUAGCAGGCACGUUGUCGCCGUCGCCGCCUCAGUCCAGAUCCUGAACGCGACGACAGAUUUCAGCCGUGAACUCUGAACAUUUGCAAUUUCCUCCCAAGUCCUUGGUCAGCACCUGGGAGACAGACGAGCAAGCAGGUCUUGUCAGCAGGCUUCCUUUACGUCUUUGUAGGCUACGUCGCAGAAGAAGCCGACGAACGUUAACAUGCGGGCUAUGCAGGUGAUUGAUGUGAGUGCUGCAACUCGAGCAGGUCGCCCAGAGUGGAGCAUCUUCACACACAAGUUCUGACCUUCUUGUCUCGGAUGGUGUCGAAGCACGCCGUCUGUAUCUUGUGGCCGUGCUCGUGAAGGCCCAUGUGACGCAGCAUCAUGACGGCGCUGAGCAGCAAGGCAGUGGGGUUGGCGAGGUCCAGACCGGCGAUGUCGGGGGCUGUGCCGUGGACCUGCACAAACAACAAAGUAAAAAAAAACAAAAAAAACCCAACCAAGUCCGAGUUGGACAUGCUAACACACGCACUCACAGAUUCAAAGAUGGCCACGCCGUUGGCACCGAUAUUGCCGCUGGGUGUGACCCCGAGACCACCAAUGAGGCCGGCACACAGAUCACUGAAACACACCAAGGACAACGUUCGCAUGCACUGCCCUCUCCGGAGGCGAGCGUCCCGCCAAGAUGCGCACUGACCUGAGAAUGUCUCCGUACAAGUUGGGCAUCACCAGGACGUCAAACUGCGUCGGGUCCUGAACCAUCUGAAAGGCCGCCGCGAGACGUCAAGACAAGAAAACUCCUGACCCGAACAGGCAAUUGGGAACUCACGUUGAGGCACACGGUGUCCAGGUACAUCUCUGUGAACUUCACGUCUUUGUAGUUCUCCGCCACCUCGCGGCAUUUCCUCAGGAAGAGCCCGUCUGACAUCCGCCUACUCGGACGCGUCGCCCAAACGGGAAGUUACAUCGUGAACAAGCAGGAAGUGGGUCACGUGACAAACAGGAAGUCACUCACAUGAUGUUGGCCUUGUGGACGGCGGUGACGCUGCUUCUUUGGUUGUUUCUGGCGUAUUCAAAGGCGUACUCGGCGAUGCGUCUGCUGGCGUCUUCUGUGAUCAGUUUGAUGCUCUGAACGACACCGUCCACAAUCUGCAACGACACCAGAACCGUCCCUCAAGAGUCCACCUCCAUUGUACCCCGCCUGUUCCUUCAUCCAUGCAUCAAUUAAUCAAUCAAUCAAUCAAUCGAGAUGCCUGGCGACACCGACCACAUGUUCGAUGCCGCUGUACUCGCCCUCCGUGUUCUCACGGAUGGUGACCAGGUCGACGUUGGUGUACGCCGUCUUGUAGCCUUCGAUGGAGACGCACGGCCUGACGUUGGCAUAAAGGUCAAAAGUCUUCCUGAGCAGCAAGUUCAUGGAGGGGUGACCAGCAGCGAUGGGCGUCUUCAGAGGUCCUGCACAAGACGAGGUGUCACUCUUACUAGUUUUUAAGGACAGGGAAGGGAAAUCACCUUUCAGUCCAAUCUUGCUGCGGUCCAUCGACUCUUUGGCAUCUGGCGGGAUCAUCCACCGGCCACCGGGACCUUUGAUAGCCGUCACGUUCCUCUCCUCCCAGUGGAUUGGAGCCUGGGAGUCGAGGGUUGAAGGUUACCAGCAACCUUGACCUUCUCCUCAACUGAAUGCAACUUGCCAAAGUUUGCAGUCUUACUUUUGCUGCCUCAAAGAUCUUCAUCACGGCGCUGGAGAUCUCUGGUCCGAUGCCAUCGCCAGGUAUCAGCGUGACCGUAUGCAUCUGUGACACACACAACAUUUUUAAGGACUUCAGACAAUGUGGCCAGCUGCUAGGUUAUUCGCACAGCCAGGCUAGCUGUUGCUCUACCAUGUCCAAUGGCAGAGCUAAGCUAGCCUAAGAUGAGCUAAAUUAAGCUAAGCAGCUACCACAGAAGACACGAGAGCAGUGCCCUGAAAUACUCACUCCUCUGCAAGAGAAAGAUGAAAAUAUGGGUCGCUUGGUGGCGCUGACGACCACCUGGGACAACUGUAGAAGACAACAUGAAGGUCACAACAACAGUUGACAAGAUAGCCACACGCUAACUACCUCUGCUCUUUAAUGUAUACUGUCCCUUUAAGAAUACACAACAACAAUAACGCAUGAGUGCCAAUUUUAGGAUGUAAUAUAGAGUAGGAAAUGCUUAAAUAAAAAAAGAAAAAGAACACACUUAGAAAUUAUGUCAAUGUUUAACAUAUAUUGUAUAUCAAAUCAAGUUUGCCAAUGAAGACGUUUACAGUUACAACUACAAAAUGUAAUGAGCGUACAUCCAUAAACUGGACAACAUAGACACGCCGCUCUCGGACUUUGCUUGGAGUUAAUCUUUAAAACAUAAUAAUAAGGCCGAAUCAAACCGUUGAGAUUAAGUUACAAGGCAAACUCUUGAUUCGGAGAGUUUUUCUGCAAAUUGUUUGUGUGGUGUUCCGUCUACGGAGCUUUAACUUAAUACGGCACCCGCUAAACUUGAAAUUUUCUUAACAUCCACGAUUGUCAGCCUAAAGGGAUUGGGAGGCUAAAUAGGAUUCACAGGUCAAGAGGAGACGUUAAUGGAAAACAAAGCCAUGACAGUGGACUAGCGGUUAGCUACGUUAGCAAGAGUAGCUGAAGGACACACACACACACACACAUUCAUACAUACUGUACAUACAUACAGUAUACAGUUCAUCCACCCCCGGAAGCUAACCGGCUAACGUGCUAACAUCUGCUUGUCUUAAAAAGAAUAAGAACACAACAGCGAAGCUCGGUUAAAGUUUGUCUCCCCUCGCAGAUAUUGUUAUACUAAUUAACAUUCUUUGUCCCCAAUGACAAAUGUUUCCUGUCGUCUUUUUCUUACCAUUGACCUCCACGCGUUACCGGCCAUUCUGGAUAGGAGCCCAGCCAAAGAUUGUGGCAAAUGACGCGAAGAUGCUUCACCGGUUGUUCAGACGACUGACAAAACCACGAGGUGGACUUCUGGAACAGUAGUACUGGGUCUGGAACAGGCAGACUGAGUAUGGAUCACGAAUACCGAAUCUGGACCAGAAGGACUGAGUCUGGACCAGCAAGACAAGUCUAAUGCCUGCCGCCUCAGAGGACCGUGGAGAGCAUCUUCACUUUCAUUAUUCUUCAGUUACGACCGAUAUCGCCACCUGUUGUUUAGGCGUGUGUUCACCUGUCAAUGUCCUUUACUAAAAUAUUUUUAGUUGACGUCAGUUUUACAUCAGUACUGUAGUUAAUUCAACACAUAAUCCAGUAGUCAUAAAUUUAAAUGGAUUCAGAAAAUAUCAGCCCCUGAUAACAAUAUAGUAAGUAUAACACUUCUAAUUCGUAGUCACGUGGUUCCAUGAUGUAAUGGUUAGCACUCUGGACUCUGAAUCCAGCGAUCCGAGUUCAAAUCUCGGUGGAACCUUGCUUAUUAAUUUGUUUUCUGCCUCAUUAAAUAUAGGAACACUUUAGCAUUGACAAUACGACGAGUGUUUUUUCCCCAAAAACAU